CUCGAAUCCGGAAACAACACCUCUGCAUGAAAAUUUCCAGCAAUACUUAAAGACCAUUUUGUGGCAAUUCUUUACGACACUUUUAUGAUAAAUUGUAAAAUACGAUUGCCUAGAAAUGAUUAUCAAAUCAAUUAUUCUUCUGACCCUGGUGGUUUUUUACAGCCCUUUUAUAAAUGGAAAUCCAAAAUGUAAACGGCGAUUGGUGGAAGAAUGGCAUCCACAACCCUCAUCGCAUGUGGUGAAUUGGACACUGACAGAAAACAUCUGCACCGACAUCUACAGAGAUUGCUGGUUAUUGGAUGUAAACACUAAAAUGAAUACUUCAGGCAAUCGAGUUGUUCCCCAGAUUUGCCCGUUGCAAAUUCAGUUAGGAGACAUCCUUGUAAUUUCUUCCGAACCAUCUCUUCCAUCUCCAGAAAUAAAUAUAAUGAAUGUUUCUGAAGCAUCUUUCAUUGACUGUCUGCAAAAUACCACAAAUGAAGAUCAGUUACUUUUUGGUUGCAAGCUAAAAGGGAUGCACACUGUCAAUCCUAAAUGGCUGAGUGUUGGAACACAUUACUUUAUUACAGUAAUGGCAAGUGGUCCAUUGUUUUGUCAACUGGGACUUCGACUAAAUGUGACAGUGAAACAGCAAUUCUGCCAGGAAUCUCCAAGUUCAGAAUUUUGCUCUGGUCAUGGAAAAUGUCUUAGCGAAGUUUGGAAUAAGAUAUACAGCUGCCAUUGUCAGCCUCCAUUUUCUGGAAAAUACUGCCAGGAAUUUGAUGCAUGUUCAUAUGAACAAUGUAAAAAUAAUGGCAGUUGCAUUAAUAAAAGAGAAAAAUGGCAUAAGCAAGGAUAUGAAUGUAUCUGUUGCCCACCAUGUACAGGUAGAGAUUAUUCAGAAAUAAUUGGACAAUGUCAGCUAAAUAUCUGUUUCCAUGGGAACUACAGCAAUAUUACUGCCAAUAGUUUCUUAUGUGAACAUGAAGGACAUUUUUCAGGUAAAAAUAUAUGCAU